AACCCAUACCACCUCCAAUUCCUCCCAUCAUGCUCUUCCGUACUGCGGCCCGCCAGGCUGCGCCUUUGAGGCGUCAGGCUUUCGCUCCUCUUGCCCGUCGCACUGUCACUACCGACGCCGCCUCCGCGCAGACCGAAAGCCCUGUCCCGCAGGAGGAUGACAAGCCAUUCACCGUCCGUCUCUCUGACGAGAGCUUCGAGACCUACGAGCUCGACCCGCCCCCAUACACUCUGGAGACCACCAAGAAGGAGCUCAAGCAGAUGUACUACGACAUGGUCUCGAUCAGACGUAUGGAGAUGGCCGCCGACCGUCUGUACAAGGAGAAGAAGAUCCGGGGUUUCUGCCAUCUGUCGACCGGUCAGGAAGCCGUCGCUGUUGGUAUUGAGCACGCCAUCAACCGCAUGGACAAGAUCAUUACUGCCUACCGUUGCCACGGUUUCGCUUUGAUGCGUGGUGGUACCGUGAAGUCCAUCAUUGGUGAGCUUCUCGGCCGUCGCGAGGGUAUCGCGUACGGCAAGGGUGGUUCCAUGCACAUGUUCGCCGAGAACUUCUACGGUGGUAACGGUAUUGUCGGUGCCCAGGUGCCCGUCGGUGCUGGUCUUGCCUUCGCUCAGCAGUACAACGAGCAGCCCAACACCUCCAUCAUCCUGUACGGUGAUGGUGCCUCCAACCAGGGUCAGGUUUUCGAGGCUUUCAACAUGGCCAAGCUGUGGAACCUCCCCGCCCUGUUCGGUUGUGAGAACAACAAGUACGGCAUGGGUACCUCUGCCUCCCGUUCCUCCGCCCUGACCGAGUACUACAAGCGUGGCCAGUACAUCCCCGGUCUCAAGGUCAACGGCAUGGAUGUCCUCGCCACCAAGGCCGCCGUCCAGUACAGCAAGAACUACACCAUCAACGGCAAUGGUCCCCUCGUCCUCGAGUACGUCACCUACCGUUACGGUGGUCACUCCAUGUCCGACCCCGGUACCACCUACCGUAGCCGUGAAGAGAUCCAGCGCAUGCGCAGCACCCACGACCCCAUCGCCGGUCUCAAGCAGAAGAUGCUCGAGUGGGGUGUCACCUCCGAGGAGGACCUCAAGGCUCUUGACAAGGAGGCCCGCGCCUACGUUGACGCUGAGGUCGCCGAGGCCGAGCAGAUGCCCGUCCCCGACAACACCUCCCGCAUUCUCUACGAGGACAUCUAUGUCCGUGGCUCCGAGCCCAAGUGGAUGCGUGGACGUACCGUCGACGAGACCUUCUACUACUAAAUGUAGAUCGGUUCGUUUCGGGGUACCUGCGUUGAGUUCCUUGGAUGAGCUUUUAAUCCGUUGUGUGGGGGGCCGGGAAGAACAUCUUUCUCCUGUUCCUCUCUAUCAUUUAUCUGUAAUUUAGCCCGAUGACUAGUUUCUCUUAUGUUUGUUUCUUUGGUUUCUGUUCUAGAGUAAAGAGCAAUUACCAUACCGGGUCCUGUUCCAUGCGUCGA